UUUGAGGAAUUUCGAUCAUAACGCUUUCUGUCGAAGGAUAGUGAAACCAGGUGAAACGCACGUUUCAGUUGUAAUUGCGGCGUACUUCGCACUGUUCGGUCGAGUUCAAGUUCUGUGUUCUGUGUGUUCUGUCUGUCAAGUCUGUGCGUCAUGCGUCAUGUCAUACCCUGACAACCAACAGCCAACGUGUUGAAUCUAAUAAUUAUACUAUUUAAUCUUUAAUAAAAACACGAACCUUUAUUUAAAAUCGUCUUCAGCGACUUCAAUGUUUCUCAUAUAAUUUUCUUCCCAUACGUCAAUAUCGCAAUCAUGGAUUACGAGGAUGAUUUCUUCUUCGAGGAGGAUAAGAUUUUAGAGGAUCGAACAGUAUUAUCUGCAGAUAACACUGAAGAGUGUAAAGAAAACGUUCUUUUAUUAACCACCGUGCCAACGGCUAAUGUGCAAUUGCAUCAAUCCACAAUGGAAGAUCGCAUACCCGAUGUAGAACUGAUCCACCAAGAUCAGUCUCUUCAUCAUCUACCCAACUGUACAACGGGUAUGACCAUAACAUCUGGCAAUGUUAUAAUACAAAAAGACAGCGGCAAUCUUAUAGGCAUUAGCAUUGGAGGUGGUGCCCCAUUAUGUCCCUGCCUAUACAUCGUACAGAUCUUUGAUAACACACCAGCGGCAGUAGACGGAACCUUGCAAUCAGGAGACGAGCUUGUAGCAAUAAAUGGAACGUCGGUUAGAGGAAAGACGAAAAUGGAAGUCGCAAAAAUGAUUCAGUGUUGCGAUUCUCAAGUCAGUAUUAAUUAUAAUAAGUUGCACGCCGACCCGAAGCAAGGCCGCACUCUCGACAUAGCUUUAAAAAAGGUGAAACAUAGAUUAGUCGAAGGGAUGGGGAGUGCGACAGCAGAUGCACUUGGAUUAUCGCGUGCUAUUCUUUGCAAUGACGCGCUUGUACAGAGAUUAACGGCGCUGCAACGUACAGAAAAUUUGUACAGAGGCUUAGUUUCUCAUGCCAAAGCUACUUUACACGCGUUUUUCGAUUUGAUACAAAUAUACAAAAUAUUCGGGGAUGCUUUCGCUGCGAUAGGAGUGAGGGAACCGCAGCCUCGAGCCAGCGAAGCUUUCAGACAAUUUGGCGAGCAGCACAGGCAGAUGGAAAAAUAUGGCAUAGCCACCUUAAAGUGUCUGAAGCCGAUUUUAAACGAUCUGGGCACGUAUCUUCACAAAGCCAUUCCGGACACUCGAUUGACCAUUAGCAAAUACGCUGACGCAAAAUUCGAGUACCUUUCCUAUUGCCUGAAAGUGAAAGAAUUGGACGAUGAGGAACAGAGCUACGCUGCGUUGCAGGAACCUCUUUAUCGAGUCGAGACUGGGAAUUACGAAUAUCGACUGGUACUGAGAUGUCGGCAGGAAGCGCGGGCGAGGUUCGCCAAGCUCAGAUCCGACGUGCUCGUGAAACUCGAAUUAUUGGACAAUAAACACGUUCAAGACGUCGUCUGGCAAUUGCAAAAGUUUGCUACCGGUCUAUCGAAGUAUUAUUCGAACACGCGAGAUUUAUUAUCCGCGGUAACAUUGUUCCCUGUCGAAGUCGACUUAUCGCAUUCCGCUUUCCAAUACAAAUCUACCGGUCCCCAAUCAUCCGUUGAUGCAGAAGACACGGAGGAGUUUGAACCCGAGGAAAAAGAGAGCACGAGCGAAGAUUUGCUUAUAGACACGCAAAACUUUCCUCUCACUACAUCUGAUUCCAAUGACUUGUAGCAAUGUGCUUAUACUUCGAAUGGAUUGUACUUUUUAAGCAUAAUCAAUGCUUUUAUCGUGUGUGACAUAUUUCUAUUGUAUUUCAUUCUGUCUUUCAUUAAUUCAUCAUUACCAAAGAUCAGUGCUUUACAAGAUUCUGUACAUUUAAUAGAUGUAUAUAAAAUA